UCAACACACAAAAUAUUUGAAAAAAACAAAACAUAUUUAUAUAUAGUUUCUAAUUCUUAAAAGACAAUAGGACACACAAAAUAGUGAAAAAUGUGCAAUACAACUGAUAUUAAUCACCAAAAGCUCAAAUUUAAAGGUUGCUGCAAAAUGAGCAAUGACGAAAUCUCCAAGUUCUACAAUCUGGACAUACUUACCGAUGACGAGCUGGCGUCUGUUGGUGUCGCACGCGACUCCCUGAUCGACGACUAUCGCCACCUGCACGAGCUGUCGCAGAUAAGAGAGCAGCAGCUGCAGCAGCAGCAGCAGCGCAAGCCCCGGCUGCCAAAAGCUUUCAUCUCCAAAAUAAAGAAGCCCAACUUCAAGUCGCCCCGGAAGGCCAGCAAGACCUUUCAGUAUGAUCUCUUGAACAAGUUCUUUCGCUGUAUGCAGUCCGAGUCGGCGGGCUUCUGUCGCUUCAUGGAACAGGAUCUCAAUAUCAUAACCGACUUUCAGCGUGACACGAAAAUUCUAUUGCUGGCGCCGGAAGAGCGAGAGUUUGCACGCUAUGAAUCGUACUUUGACUAUCUGGAUGCCCUGUAUAAGAGCGGUGAGCAGGAUCGCGUCAUCUCGAUUGUGGCCAAGGUGAUGAUCAACGUCCAUCGCGACCCAAAUCCAAUUAAACUCUUGCCCAGCCUUGGGCGUGGCCAUAGUUCGCACGUUGCGCGCAAUCGCACGGCCGUUGUCCAGCAUCAAUCAAAAUUGUCAAAUUCGUAA